UCGAACGAAUCGUUCAUGAACGACAACGCAUCACGGGACGAAGGUUGUGGUUAUGCAGGCAUGAUGGAGGUGCGGAGGAAAUUGUUGAACUCGGUUGACAAGUGUGUGGAUGAGGCUUUGGAGGGUCUCGUCGGGAGUAACGGGGGUCUGGCGCUGCUGCGGGGGCACAGAGUUGUGCUGCGGUCCGAUCUGGAGAGCGUUAAGGGAAAGGUAGCCCUCCUGUCCGGAGGAGGAUCUGGCCACGAACCGGCGCAUGCAGGUUAUAUUGGCGUGGGAAUGCUGUCUGGAGCUGUGGCUGGAGCAGUAUUCGCGUCUCCUCCUCCAGGCAGCGUUCUGGCUGCUAUUCUGACUCUGUGGAGGAGAGGCGCUUCGGGAGUCCUGCUCGUCGUGAAGAACUACACGGGUGACCGCCUAAACUUUGGCAUAGCUGCAGAACAGGCCCGUUCACAGGGAGUCCAGGUGGACAUGGUGAUUGUGGCCGAUGACUGUGCCUUCGCUCGGCCCAGCAAGGCCGGGAGGAGAGGCUUGUGUGGAACCGUGCUCAUUCAUAAGGUAGCUGGAGCUCUGGCCGAGAAAGGUUGCCCACUGGGUGAAAUUGUUGCACGGGUGAACGAAGCAACAAAAAAUAUUGGUACGUUGGGAGUUAGUCUGUCUCCAUGCAGUGUGCCUGGAUGCCUUCCAACUUUCCAGCUUCCACCAGGAGAGAUGGAGCUGGGACUGGGGAUCCAUGGAGAACCAGGUAUUAAGAGAUCAAAACUGGCUUCCGCUGAUGAAGUUGUGAAAGCUAUGAUAAGUCACAUGACUGAUUCUUCGAACAUAUCCCAUCUGCCGCUAAAAUCAGGAGACAAGGUGGUGCUGUGUGUGAAUAAUCUCGGCGCUCUCUCGUGUCUGGAAAUAGCUGUGGUUUCUAAAGCAGCUGUACACUGCCUAGAGGAGCGUGGUGUGCUGGUUGUGAGGGUGAUGUCUGGAUCGUUUAUGACAUCUCUGGAGAUGGCGGGAAUGUCUCUCUCUUUAAUGAAGGUCGAUGAAGAGAUGCUCAGACUGUUUGACGCUAAAACCACAGCCCCGGCCUGGCCUAACCUCAGCACAGCCUCUGUGAGUGGGAGGAACCUCUUUAUAGAACCUGAAGAAAAACUCGAUGCAGCUUCAGAUGAUUUUACUGAAGGUUCGCUGUCUUCAGUGGUUCGACCUGUGUUGGAGUCUGUGUGCGAGAUCCUCCUGCAGCAGCAAGAGGAACUCAAUGCUUUGGACCGUGCAGCAGGAGAUGGAGAUUGUGGGAGCACGCAUGCUCUCGUAGCUACUGCUAUGCAGGAGUGGCUCCAGACUAGCAGAAUCCCUGGAAACCUUGGCCAGCUGCUGGCAGAUCUUGCUCUUCUGGUCCGGGAAAGGAUGGGAGGGUCAUCAGGAGCGUUAUACUGCCUGUUUUUGUCUGCGGCCGCCCCUCAUCUCAAACAAAACUGUGAUGGUGCAGCUUGGGCAAAGGCAUUGCACGCUGGCACAGAGGCCAUGAAGAGAUAUGGAGGCGCUGAACCAGGGGAUCGGACCAUGCUUGAUGCCCUGUGCCCAGCUGUGGAAGAGCUGAUGAAGCUCUCCACAGCUCCUCCUGGUGGUCACAUAGCUAUACUACAAUCUGCAGUGGAGAAAGCAGACCUGGGAGCGCAGUCGACUCGCAAUCUCACUGCAAGGGCCGGACGUGCCAGUUACGUUGCUUCUCAACAUUUGACCCAGCCUGACCCUGGUGCCGUAGCGGUGGCCUCCAUAAUGAAGGCCAUACUCAAUGCCUUGAAGGCGUAGAGGAAGAGCAGCUUGGCAACAGUUUCCUAAUGGGGAUAGUUCACCCAAAAACGGAAAGGACAUUAUUUAAUAUAGCUCUGAAUUUGUUUGUUUGAAAGACAAAUGGCGAACUAUCAUUUUAAGGAACAGUAAAGAAAGAGGCUGCGAACAAAACAUGUGUUUGCUAACAUUUGAUUAUUGCAGAUGUUCGAGAUGAUGUCUAAUUUUAAAAUACGCACGCUGUUAAAUGUGGUGUUAAUAGAAUGGCAUCCUUAAAGGGCUGUAAAAACUGAUGCUCAGCAUUCAACCGAGCAAGUGUUUGGCUCACAUAGAAGCAAUGGUUCAGUUGAUUGUACGAUUUUAUUCCAAGAAUAAUAAUCAGAAUUAACACUUCUUUUUUAGCUUAAAUGCUUAAAAUGAUAAAAAACUAAUCAAUACACUACCAUUAAAACAAUAAAAACCAGUGUUGAAAUGAGAGCGCUUUGUAGUUGAAUUGUUUUUGUUUACUGUUGUAAACGAUCAACAUCAUUUGUAAUUAACUUUUUAAAAAAAUGUUUGAAUAGAAAAGGAGCAUGAUUACAUGUCUGUUUGACACUAAAAACACGUUCAACAUCUAAGCAAAUCAGUUGUAAAAUGAAUGAAUGUGACUAAUAAAAACUAAAUAAAAAACA